AUGAGCCACGUCUGUACGCACUGGCGCACCGUCGCGCUUGACGCGGGCGGCCUCUGGACCCACAUCGCUCUUACCGACCCCCUUGGGAUCGAGACCUUCCUCAAGCGCUCAAAUUCGCUACCCCUCCGUAUCUCCUUGACGGCCUCGCACUCCCCGUUCAAACCCAUUUUAAAUCUCGUCUCCUCCAACAUCACUCGCGUCCGUAGCCUCAAAAUAUGCAUCGCCACUACCGUCGACUCGGGGUUCAUUACGCGCAGGCUGAAGCUGGUCGCGCCCGCCCUUGAGGAACUAUCGAUCGAGAAGUUUCAACUCCGUAGCAAAGUGGAAAGGCCUCCCCCAGCCGGCACACGAGUCGAUGUCUUUGACGGAAUGCCCUCCCUCCGCACUCUCUCGCUCUGCAACGUCCCUCUGCUCUUCCUCCCCAAGGGCCCGAGUGCUCUGACAAAGAUUGACCUCCACCUCAAACUUCCCAAGCUCCCCACCUUACUGGACCUGCUCGAGAGCAGCCCCCUCCUUGAGUCCCUGUCCCUCCACGGCACUCUCCACGGCGACCUUGUGCAAAGCCAGCGGCUCGUGACGCUCCCGCGGCUCACCUCCCUCUCCGUGCACACCUUUCCCCCACAGGGCAUCGCGAGCCUGCUUUCCUCCAUCGUGCUCACGCCGAGCGCGUCCAUCGCGCUGCACGCCUCGCUCGACAUCGUCAACUCCUUUGCGGAUAUCUUCCCAGACCACCCAGGUCCGCCUCCCGCGCUCGCCGGGCUGGACGGCGUGCUGCGCCGGCUCGAGCUGCUGUGGUCGGACGGGGAGGAGCUCACGAUGCGCGCGUUCCGCCGCGCGGACGACUUCGCCUGCGCCCCCGCGCUGCAGGUCGUCGCGUCGCACGUCCAACCGGUCAUCGGGCCGCGUUUCCUCUGCGACUGGGCGUUCGACACCGCACACGUCGAGACCCUCGUCCUGCACGGCAACUGGGCGCCGGGGCGUGAGCACGAGCCCAACGUGCCGCGCGAGCACUGGGCGGCGCUGCUCGCCGCGCUUCCUGCGCUGAAGACGAUGCGGCUGAUGUCGCUCGGCUCGGAGGUGCUUCAGAACCUCUUCAUGUGUUUCGCGCUCGCGGGGCUGGACCCCUGCCCGAAGCUGGAAACCCUCGAGGUGUUCGAUGGGAACCCGGGACAUGUCUUCUGGGGGGGCUUGACGCCGAUCUUGAACCGGAGACGCAACAAAUGCUUCAGGACGCUGGAGCUGUUCAAUUCAGGCGAGCUCCCCUGGGGCGAGGAAGUCGCACAGUCGUUCAAGGAUUCGGGGUUGGAGAUCAUUCAUGACGAUGACGAUGGCCAACUUGCGACAGAACUUGCAUAGUAACGAAAGACAUACUAGUGACUGCUUUAACUUACGUUAAUGGAGGGAGUGUUCACCAAUCACGUAUACUACCGCUUGCUAUAGAAGUAGCCUCACUCCGUUUGAAGCUUGACUGC